CCGGGAUCGCUGGCCGCUUUGGUUAAUGUCCGCCAUGUUUGCCAUGGCGCAGGGAGCGGAUCGAGCGACCCCGGCGCGGAUCUAGGGCUGCGGGCGGCUCUUCGAGGGAGCUGUUCCGGGGCGGCGGGGCUCUCCAUGGUGUGUCGGGCCGGGGUCGGGAGCGGCUGGGAGGCGGCGGCGAGGCCGUAGUGAGGGUCCCCCUCGCCCCCCCAGCUCCCCCAGCCCGGCCCCGGGGUGUUAUUGUGAGGGGGAGACAAUGAGCAAACUCUCCUUCCGAGCCCGGGCGCUAGACGCCGCCAAACCGCUGCCUAUCUACCGCGGCAAGGACAUGCCCGAUCUCAAUGACUGCGUCUCCAUCAACCGUGCCGUGCCGCAGAUGCCCACGGGCAUGGAAAAGGAGGAGGAAUCGGAACACCAUUUGCAAAGAGCAAUCUCAGCACAGCAAGUCUUCAGAGAAAAGAAAGAGAAUAUGGUUAUUCCAGUUCCUGAAGCAGAAAGCAAUGUCAACUAUUACAGUCGUCUGUACAAAGGAGAAUUUAAACAGCCAAAGCAGUUCAUUCAUAUUCAACCCUUUAAUCUGGACAAUGAGCAACCUGAUUAUGAUAUGGACUCAGAAGAUGAAACAUUAUUAAAUAGGCUUAAUCGGAAGAUGGAAAUCAAACCACUGCAAUUUGAAAUUAUGAUAGACAGGCUUGAAAAAGCUAGUUCUAAUCAGCUUGUAACACUUCAGGAAGCUAAGUUGCUGCUAAAUGAGGAUGAUUAUCUUAUUAAGGCUGUCUAUGACUACUGGGUAAGAAAACGUAAGAACUGCCGAGGGCCAUCCCUUAUCCCCCAAAUCAAACAAGAGAAAAGAGAUGGUUCUACCAACAAUGAUCCAUAUGUGGCUUUUCGGAGGAGAACUGAGAAAAUGCAGACCAGAAAGAAUCGAAAAAAUGAUGAAGCCUCUUAUGAGAAGAUGCUGAAACUAAGACGAGAGUUUAGUAGAGCCAUAACAAUUUUAGAGAUGAUUAAGAGACGAGAGAAAACAAAACGAGAGUUGCUACAUUUGACAUUAGAAGUUGUGGAGAAAAGAUAUCAUUUGGGUGAUUAUGGAGGUGAAAUACUUAAUGAAGUUAAGCUUAAUUCAACUGAGAAAGAGAUGAAUGCCACUCCUGCAGCUCUUCAUAAUGGAAAUCAUCACAAAGUUCAAGAAUGUAAAGUUAAGCAUGCUCACCAUUCAUCUCUAAAAGAGGAAGUAUCUGAUGUUGUCCGUCAAAAGAAGAAGUAUCCAAAGAAGCCUAAAAUUGAGAGUGUAAUAAAUCCUCAGCAGUCUACUACUGAGCCUUUGCCUGUGAUCAGUAAAAGUGAUAUCAAACAAUAUGACUUCCACAGUUCAGAUGAAGAUGAAUUCCCCCAGGUAUCCUCACCAAUAUCUGAGCCAGAAGAAGAAAAUGAUCCUGAUGGAGCCUGUGCAUUCAGAAGAAGAGCAGGAUGCCAAUAUUAUGCUGCUCAUUUGGACCAAACUAAUUAUUCUCAUGAAAAUUCAGAACUGGCAGAAUUGGAUAAGCUAAGAUAUAGGCAUUGCCUCACAACUCUUACAGUUCCAAGAAGAUGUAUAGGAUUUGCAAGGAGACGAGUUGGGAGAGGUGGAAGGGUAUUGAUGGACCGGAUAGCCACAGAAAAUGAUGCUGUCCUGAAGCAGAUUGAUCCAGAUAUGCUAAAUAGUUGUUCGAGCUCUUCCCAAAAUAUAGACAUUUCUUCUAGUUUUUCACGGACCAAUGCUUCCAAUAAACAUUGUGGAAAUACACUUUCCCUUUCUGAAAUACUAAGCAAUAUCAGGUCAUGUCGACUGCAGUGUUUCCAACCAAGGCUACUAAACGUACAGGACAGCGAUAGUGAAGAAUGUACCUCAAGGAAAUCAGGGCAGGCUGUGAAUACUAAAAGAGUUUCUGCACCUUCUGUAGCUUUAUUGAACACCAGCAAGAAUGGGAUAUCAGUAACUGGGGGUAUUACAGAAGAACAAUUUCAGACACAUCAGCAGCAGUUGGUUCAAAUGCAAAGGCAGCAACUUGCUCAGCUUCAGCAGAAACAGCAGUCUCAACAUCAGUCCCAACAGACAUAUCCAAAAGCACAGGGCUCAAGCACUUCUGACUGCAUGUCAAAAACGCUUGACUCGGCCAGUGCCCAUUUUGCUGCAUCUGCAGUGGUGAGUGCACCUGCUCCCAAUCGGAGCGAGGUGACAAAAGAACAGAGUGCCAGCCACAAUAUCAACGGUGUUGUUCAGCCAACAGCAACAUCAAAAACUCUGUAUUCCACGAAUAUGGCUCUGUCAUCUAGCCCAGGGAUCUCAGCUGUACAACUUGUAAGGACAGUCGGUCAUACCACCACAAAUCAUUUAAUCCCAGCAUUGUGCACAAACAGCUCUCAAACACUUCCCAUGAACAAUUCUUGUCUCACCAAUGCAGUGCACCUCAACAAUGUCAGUGUUGUUUCUCCAGUCAAUGUACAUAUCAAUGCAAGGACUUCAGCACCAUCGCCAACCGCCUUAAAACUUGCCACAGUUGCUGCCAGUAUGGAUAGAGUGCCAAAGGUGACUCCAAGCAGUGCCAUCAGCAGCAUAGCAAGAGAGAACCAUGAACCAGAAAGAUUGGGCUUGAAUGGAAUAGCAGAGACAACAGUAGCAAUGGAGGUGACAUAACCUAAAGCAGUAGUUCAACGUGUGCUGAUGGUGUCAUUUAUAUUCCAGCUGAAUGCAAAACAAAACUCUGUGGAUCACAGGGGAUUAAAAUGGACCUAAACGGACUAUCAUAUCGUAUAUUAAGUCGAUAUAUAAUGUAAAUUUUGUAAAAUUGGGAAAAUCACUACCUUGUAAAAUAGUUUAUUUGUAUCAUCAAUAUUAUUUCUGUUACUUGAAUAGUAGAUAUUCAUCAUCAUGCUUUUGCACUUGAAUUUGCAACUGAGUGGAUUUAAAAAUAAUUCUUUAAAUGGGAUCAUGAGCAUGAAAUGGGAUCCUGCAUCACUUGUUUUAACUAUUUAUUUUGCCAUGUUUACAUUUUGUAUCUUGUAAAAAAUAAAUCCAACUUUGUGUCUAAAAAAAGUUAAAGAUUCAUAGCUAGGAAAAAUUCUUGUAAUUUUUUUCUAAAGGAAAUGUAAAGUUUUCACUUGGUUCAUUUUGUUUCACAAUUUUAGAUGGACUUUUUGGUAAAUACUUUAGUGGCAUUUCACUGUCAAAUAUGAAGUUCAAGGCAAAAUAGUAUUUUCUAUUACUGUGCAGGGGAAAGGGAUGGAUCGAUACAUGCAAAUUUAAUGUAGUAACCCACUUUUCCAUAUAUUUUGAAUGUAUAUUUCUAUUUAUAAUACCAAUUUAUAAAAAAUAAUUACACAGAAAACCUGACUAGUACAAAUUAUGCAUCUAGCACAUAUUAAACUGUGCAGAUAUGAAGAAAAUUUUCAACUGAUUAUAUUUUAUCUGAAGUCUGCAUAAUUUAACCGGCUUUUAACUGUAACACACCACAUAAAUGAUAUUUUACCAGGUAUGUAUUGCAUUAUAUAUCAUUGCAAUAAUUAUUGGAUGUCUAGAUAUCGAGCCAUCCCAGGUAAUAGGGGAGGGGGGAGGGUCAUGGCAGAUUGUCUUUCGAUUUUGGAAAGUUUUCCUGUGGCUACAAGGCAAGUAACGGGUUGGAAAAAGUCUGACUGUAAGCGUUGGACACCUUCGUAGUGUAGUGUUUUAGUGACUUUUUUUAUACGGUUCUUGUAAAUUAGAUACGUGUAGUGGUGUUUCAGAAUGUUUGUUUAUGCACUAGUUCAGACAACUUUCCCUGUUACUUGUUCUUGAUAAGUGAAAACUGCAGGGAAAUAAAAAUACAUAUCAAAACAUGG